AUGAAAAGAAACAAGACUGAAAACCAGUAUUCAUAUUCAUUUAUAUAGAUUGACCAAAACAAACCAAAUUCGUUUAUUAAAUCUUGAUAAAAUUCAUGCCUCAAUGCCUACAACUCUUAGAAAAAAUAAAUUUAAGUCACUUUAACCUAAUUAACAAUUUAUUCAGAAUCAUCCUAUCUUAUUAAGUUCAUUAUUGUGCGAUAUUCCAUUUAGUAAUACCCACAUUAGAUAAAUAUCAACUCUUCCUACUUCUAAUCAUUAUUAUUGUAAAAGUACAACUAAAACUCAUACUCCUUCCUCUUCUUAAAUUAUGUAAACCAAAAAAUUACCAUUUAAUCAUAAACCAUAAAGAUUUCUAGUCAAAUUGAAUUAAAAAAUUCCCUAAAUUCUCUCCAAAUAAUCCUAAAUCAUUAAAUCUUAAACUUAUCGCCCAAAUUAAACCGCCACCAAGUAUCAUUCACUUACAAUCGAUCCCAAAUAUCAACUCAUUAAUGAUAUCACAAGUAAUGAUCUCAAAACUGAUAUACUUACUAAAUAAACUUAACCUUAAUAAAUAUCAACUUUUUAAACACCUAAUCAAAAUUAGUUUUCUAAAUUCAGAGAUUCUUCUGAAAUUGAUGAUUUUAAUGUAAAUAACAUAUAUAUAAUAGAACAAACUCUAUGGAAGUAAAUAAAUUAGAGGACUGCUUAAUUUCUAAAAAUUCCCAUCUGAAAACAUUCCAUUAAAACAUAAAUACAAGGCGAUAAGGGCAUCAUUAAUUUAAUAUUUGAGACAUUUAGAAAAAUUAAAAUUAACAACUAAUGAAUUUUUAUCGCAUAAAGUAUUUCCAUCUAAGCCUUUUGAGCAUACUUUAUCGAAACAAUUCUUUCAAUUAUGCAAAUAGGGUUAGGAUAAGGAAGUCACUUAAUUGUUAGAGAAUAAUAAAUAUUUAGUUUAUGAAUAUGAUCAUCUAUUAAUGACUACUUUACAUUGGUCUGCAAUGAGAGGUUUAGAAUCUACUGCAAAGAUCUUAUUAAGUUAUGGAGCUGAUCCAGAUUCUUAAGAUAUCGUAGGUAGAACUCCUUUGUAUCUUGCAUUGAUUCACAAAUAAAAUAAUAUUGCUUAUUUUUUGAUUUUAAAUAAAGCUGAUCCUUGGAAUAAAAUGAAUUUAAAUUAUGAGGAAUCUGUAAGUGAGAAUCCUGAAGGUAAAACAAUGUUGCAUUAAACAAGAAGGGUAAUUAGAUAUUAUAAAUCUUUUUAGACUCACAUUUUACUUCGUAUGACUCCAGCUGAUUAGAGAUAAUUCAUUUGGUAAAAAGAACAAUUACAGAUGUAUGAACCAAAAAAGAAGAAGAUUUAGUUUUAAUAAUGA